CUACACUGCUCACCCCUCAUGUGCUCCUCCUCCUGCUCAUCUAGCUCAAGCCAGUAGCCAGUAGCCACACCCAAUCCCAAUCCCAACCCAACGCCGAUGGGCACGCCGACGACGACUCUAGCGGCCCUGGCGGCGCUGCUGCUGUGCCUGUGCGUCUCCAUGUCCUCCGCCGCUGAGUACAAGGUGGGCGGGCUGGACGCGUGGGGGGUGCCGCCGUCCACCAAGCCGGACGUGUACGUGCGUUGGGCCAAGUCCGUCCCCGUCAAGCUCGGCGACGCCCUCUUCUUCCUCUACCCGCCCAGCCAGGACAGCGCCGUCCAGGUCACCGCCAAGGCCUUCGCCGCCUGCGACGUCUCCGACCCGCUGCUCAAGCUGGACGACGGCAACUCCGUCUUCAACCUCACCAAGCCCGGCCGGGCCUACUUCACCAGCGCCGCCCCGGGACGCUGCCGCAAGGGCCAGAAGCUGUCGGUGGACGUGCCUGGACCCGAUGGGAAGCUGCUCAAGCCGUCCGCGGACGACGAGGCCGCGCUCAAGGCGCUCUCUGCGCUGCCGCCUGCCGCUGCCCCGUCCGAGGCGCUCCCCUCGCUCUCACCCGACGACGCCGACGACGACUCCGCUGCCUCCAUGGCCCUGCACCGGGCCGCCGGAUCCGUAGGUCUCGCUCUGUCUCUCACCCUCCUGUGGCUGUGAUUCUUCUUCUUCUUCCUCCCAUCCAUUCCAAUUUCUUUCUUUUUUGUAAGAUCAGAAACAAGGGGAGGACGCCAUUGUAUUGUAUUGUACUGUACUCUACUCCGGAGUAGUAAUUUAUUUGUUUGGAUUGGAUUAUAAGUAUAAUUGAUUGAUUGAUUGAUUGAUUGA